AUGUCAAUAUCAGAAAGCGAAGACACUGAUCCAGUCUGGGAUUUACUCGAUGCGCUUGCGCAAUUGAAUGAUUCGGGCGAUGAUGCUUAUAACGAAGAUGAGCUGACCUCUCUGAGGCAAGCACUAUCCCAUCAUCCCGGUACGCCAUCAAGCUCUUCCGCGCACUCCGAAGACCAAUCGCGCCUGGAGGAGCUGGAUAUACCCCAUUUUCCGUCUAUGUCAGAAAAGGAGACUGGGAGGAAUGAUGUAGCGGUCAAUGCUCGGACCAGUGAACCAAUAUCUGAGGGUAUACACCAAAACCAGGAACAUGAUCUGUUGGAAUUGGCCAGCGUGAAUCGCUUUCGGGAACUUAUAGGUACACAUAUGGGGUUCGUUCGUUUUGAGCAAUGGGUGGACAAGGAGGGGCUACCAGGAUCAAAGCAGCUCUUGAGAUAUUAUAGGGAUGUCCGGGCUACCGCUGCAGUCCUGGAUGAAGCAAAAGCUGUAGGCACUGGCCUGCAUGAGAUCUAUUUUGGGUCACAGGGACUAUUGACCGAGCAGGCUACAUCGUUAUCGUUGAAACCGGUGGACUGUAUACCCGCAAUAUCAGCGGCUUCAUUAGGAAUGCACACUGCACAGAAUGAAGUCACGGAAAGACUCUAUGCAGCCGAAUUUAAGCGAUUUAUCGCUGGGAAAUUGACAGAGCAAGCCAAAACGCGCCUGCAAUAUAUUCCGGAACACGACAAAAGAGGUGAUCUCGGAGAGGUUUUUUGUAUUGCAGAUCCGAGAUUACCAGAUCAACCUCUCGUGCUCAUCUCCGACGCUUUUUGCAAGCUAUCUGAAUAUCCUCGAGAUCUCCUGAUAGGACGCAAUUGUCGAUUCCUUCAAGGACCGCAAACCGAUAGGGAGGCGGUGAAGGCACUGCGAGCAUCUAUCGAGGCCGACCGUUCUGGAAUUAUUCCACUGAAAAGCGCCAAUGGGACGGUUGAAUAUCUUCUCGGUGCUCAGAUCGAUGUCACUCGAGUCAUGUCCAAGACUAAGUCGUACGAUCCCCUGCAAGACUUGGCAAAGAAUAAAAUGGCGGACGCGGAUAGGGCACUAGAGGAGUUUGAAUUCAGUCCUGAGCUCAUCAAAAGCACCGACGAGAAACUCAAAAAGCCGUCUGUAAUGAGACAAAUAUCGCAAUUGGCAUCCCCGCCGUUAGACCACGACAUCACUAGCCUCGCUUAUCCUGGACCAGAAACGAAAGCUCCUCGACGACCACAGCCAUCCGCUGCGAGUCUCAAAACGUCGAAAUGGUUAGCGAAACUUGGCAAAAGCUCAUCACAGUCAUCUCUCCCGAUAAAAUCACCAUCUCAAUCCAGCAUUGACGCAGUCGCAACCGAAGUGCCAGAGCAUAUCCGAGAUCGUGUAGCGGUAUUUACGGCGGCCCACUCCAAAUUGAUCCUCUUUGAUGCAAAAUGUCGUCGAAUACAGUAUGUCACUCCGGCAUUAUUGGCAUACCUACGUCACCCCAUCCGCACUCCAAAGGAUCGCUUUUCCUCUAGUCUGCUUCACACGGACAUCGAUGAUCUUCUCAUUGGCUCAAACGCAAUUGAAACCGAUACCAUCAAAUCUGCAGUCCGUACCGUUGUAUCAAACCAAAGCACCCAUUCGGUAUAUGCCGGACUACUCGUUUCCAGAUCUCGGCAUAUCCCGGACAAUAUUGCAGAUGCCUACACAGAAAGUGGGCAGAGGUAUGCGAGGAGUCUUUUGCAUUUGACACCUGUGAAGGACCGCAGAAACGCUUCACAAAUGUAUGUAGUGGUCAUAGGUUGA